GCGGCCGCGAACACAAGUCACGUGCCGGGAACAGCCGCGGCAAUGAACUGGUGCGUUUCGUGCGUGCUAGUCACGUGGUGUGCUGCCGCGGCUGCCCUCGAGCUACGAGCGACAAACACAACCGGGCUGCAGGUGUCGAUGGAGUCACUGCCUGAGAAGCCCCAGAGGCGCCGCACCCGACCAGAAGCGGCGCUGGUGGACGAGGAGCCGGCGAUUGCGGCGCAGUUCGAGCCGUGGUCGGGAUGGUCCGCCUGCCACAAGUGUCGCCAGCGACGCCGACGCCGCUGCCGUCGUCCGGAGCUGUGUGGCGACAGAAAACUGGUGCACUUGCGGCCGUGCGGCUCGACGGCGGUGUGCCAGCGGCGUCAGGCGCGCUCCCAAGGCGGCGGAGGCCGGCGGCACUUCAGCUGGCUCUACUUCACCGCCUGGGGACGCUGGAGCCCCUGCUCGCGCCGCUGCGUCACCCGCCGCACCAGACGGUGCAAGUACCGGCACCUCUGCGGCACGGCGCAGGUCAAGGACACCACCACCUGUUCCGUGUCCGGCUUCCAGUGCCGGAAGAAGACCAGGAGGAGCAGGAAGGAGGUGCACAAGCAGAAGGCUGCCGCCAGCGCCACCCCGCGGCCGCCGUCCCCCAGCACAGGUGGCACUAGUGUCUCCUCCGUGAACAAUGUGUGCGGCGUUGGCGGCGGCAGCGCAGCACGCCGCCUUCUGCGCGUGGUGGGAGGCCGCAGGUCAAGCCGCGGCGCCUGGCCCUGGCAGGCAGUCAUUUUCAACAAGUUCAUGGAGCCGUUCUGUGGCGGCACGCUGGUGCACCCCCGCUGGCUGCUGACAGCUGCCCACUGCCUGCGACGUGUGCUCUACGUUCGGCUGGGGGAGCACGACCUGACCAGGCCGGAAACCAGCGAACGUGGCUUCAAGGUGACACCCAACAUGAUGGUGCAGCACCCGAGCUACGACCCAGAAACGGUGGACAAUGACCUGGCCCUGAUUCGCCUGCCGAGCGAGCUGUCCGCCGCCGAGGCGUCACCGGUCUGCUUGCCAAGCAGGCGGCACCCCAAGCCAGGCACCAUGUGUACCGUGGCGGGUUGGGGCAAGACCAAGAUCACCCAUCUCUUCGGCUCAGACGUGCUGCGGGAAGCUGAGGUUCCUGUGGUGAAGGACUCGCGCUGCCGCUCGGUCUACUCCGACUACUACAUCACCGACAACAUGUUCUGUGCCGGCUACAGGCGCGGCAGGAUCGAUGCGUGCGCUGGGGACUCGGGCGGGCCUCUCGUCUGUAGCCAGAAUGGCAGAUGGUAUAUCUACGGCAUCACCAGUUUUGGCGAAGGCUGCGGCGCCAAGGGCAAGUACGGCAUUUAUGUCAAACUGGCCAAUUACCGCAAGUGGCUACGUCACGUGAUACGGCGCUACACCAAUCGGCGGAGAGCUCGGAGGCGUAGAUCCAAGGUCAAGCUGCGCCGUGCGCGGCUGAAGAUCAAGGUUGCCGAUAGUGUGUAGUGAAACUGUUCUGGAUGGCCGGUUCCAUUCCCGAUAGCGGCUGAAGUUUUUGAACGUCGUCCGCAGCUUGUCCGUGUGAUUGGUGUUGUGCUACCCACUGCCUGUGCAUGGCGGCGCAAGUAGGUGAUUGUCCAGCGAUUUUGUGUCAUUGCUGUUGCACCGGCUCGCUGGGUGAUUGUAUUUAUUAGUUGAAAUUUUACUCCGGUGUGUUCAUUGUAGUGUGUGGUGUCAUCUGAGAGAUAAACCGGGUGAUGAAGUGGACGAUGAGUGCAUACUCCCCUAGUCAAUUCGUGACCCGCAUGCAGUGUAAAAUCUGCGUUUAACCGGUUUUAACCGGUAAGCGUACAGCUACUGAGUGUGUUAAACGAUCCAUGUUAGCCGUAAUUGUGUGCUGCGUCCGCCACGCUCCCUACGUCUGUGCUAUUCGUGGUGAGAUGCAGUGGCCAUUCAGCGGUAACAAGCGACCAGUUGUCUAAAGGCUGCGCCGUAUCAGCUUUAUGUGAAAGUAACAGCGUGACACACAAUCAUUGUGCUGGGGCGAGUCUGGAGCACCGGUUUCGGACACUAUGGAACGAAUCUACCGUCAGAUGGAAACGGUUUUCGCACGCGCACAGGAAAUGCAGUAGGCACACCUUGUCUUUGUAUCUCUUUGACACCUAUUUGAGGCAGAGACACCAAAGAAAUCAAUGGAUAGUUUAGUUCUUAGAAAUCAGGAUGUAUGCUUUUCGAUUAAUUCAGGUCAACCCUUUAUACCUUCUAGGUCAGGUUUGUUAUAAUGCUUCAAAGCACAAGUGCUAAAAAGGUGAUGAAGAUCACAGAUAACCUCCUGAAAAAGGCCGCUUUUUAGGGGAAUAAGAGCAAGAUACACAUCAGAGCCAAAUUCAGUAUGACACAUGAUGGAGGGGUCGGAGGUAAGCAACAGAGUAGUAAGUUAUAGAACUAACUGGUCCGACCUCAUUGAGGCCGUUGACGACUCCAUUCAGAUGCUCUCCCAGGAAUCUAGUAUUGGUAUUUUUCAUAAGACAAUAUCACACACACACACACACACACACACACACACACA